CGAGGUAAUCAAUUGACCAACUGUUGGUUACCCCCUCUGCUUCCCAAUCACGUCUACACCUCUAGGAGGCCAGGAUGUAAGGCUAGGUAUGUGUGUGUGUGUGUGUGUGUGUGUGUGUGUGUGUGUGUGUGUGUGUGUGUGUGUGGGAGAUGUUUCUGUUUCUGUUUUUGGUUGCCGGCUGGCAAUGCAUGAUACCAGAACAGUAGCCAGCCAGCCCAGCCCAGCGAACGAGUCCGUGGAUACAGGUAGAGUAAUUACUCCGUAGGGAUGGGAUAUCUACCAAGCAUGCUAUGCUAUGUUCGAAACCGCAAAGCG